AUGGACACGAAGAUGAAGAAAUUUGGAAAAAGAAAAGUCUCAAUUCCUGAUGAAAUAAUGUUUGAAAUAUUCUCAUGGCUUCCUGUUAAAUCGUUAAUGCGUUUCAAGUGCGUUUCCAAAUUAUGUAAUUCUCUUGUAUUCGAAUCAGGUUUUGUGGAUAUGCAUAGAUGUCAUUCUAUGACCCGUCCUGGAACAAAGUUGUUUCUCCAUGAAAGGAAAGCUUUUUACUGGGUUGAGCAAGAGAAAGGUAGAAAUAUGUCUGCCUCCCUUUUUCAAUUUACUGAACCUACAAAUAAAUCUCGUAUGAAUUGCGCUAAUGGUUUAUUUUGUGUUUGGCAACCAUCUACUGUGCGAUCUGCUGUAAUUUUCAAUCCCGGUACAAGAGAAGUUAGAUCUCUUCCGCGCCCAAAUAAAGGUACUUCUUGUGGAAACUAUUUAAUAGGUUUUGAGCCACAAGAGAACAAGUACAAAGUGUUUUUAUCGGAAAAGCUAAGUGGAUAUAGACAACAAUGGGUUUUAACUUUAGGCAUAGAUGAAUCGUGGAGACAGACUCAAAGCAUUUUCCCUUCUAUUCUAUAUGGUAAGCCUGGUGUUUGCAUUAGCGGAGUUAUCUAUCAGUUGUUUGAAAGUGCUCACAAAUCUGCUAUUGCAGCAGUUGAUGUUAAAUCUGAAAAUUUCGAAAUUAUUACACUGUGGAAUGAAUUUACCUGGCUCUGCUAUUACCACCUGAUAGAGGUGAAGGGAAAAUUAGCAGUAGUGGAUUGUCACAUGGUAAAGAACUCCAUCGACUUGUGGAUUUUAGAGCAUUCUCUAAAAGGAAAAUGGAAGAGACAUGUCAUUCAAUUUCCUUCAAAAUGGAAUUACAAAGUGCCUGGACCUAUAUCAUUCUGCAUGUCUCGUGAUGGAAAGAUUGUACUCAUCCGCAACUUUAACUCAAGUGCUUUAUGCUGGUGUUAUGAUCUCAAUGCAACAAGAAGGAGAUGGAGAAAAAUAGAAAUCAAGGGGCUUCCUGAGGAGACCCGCAUCUAUGGCAUUUAUAGUUAUGUGGAGACCUUAGAUAUGUUAAGAGUCUCAUAG